AUGGCCACCCGCAACGAUCUCAUUGCUCUCGCCCACCGGCACCUUAGUGAUGUGGAACUCAGACCCUUUCUGCUAUACGCUGAGGCGCUUGACACUGCAAUCACUGGACAGGUCAUUGUGGAUCUUCCUCGACCGAUCGGUGCCCUGGACGACACGGCUCCGCCCGCGGAGCAGCUGGCCUGGCACACUCUGAGUGAAGAGCGGGGCUCAGUUUGGGCAGCAGCACGGUCUGUUGUCCAACUCCUGCGGUGGGACACCGAUCCACGGGCUUUUGCCAACGGGCGCUCCUUCACACUGGGACUCUUUGCCAAAGGCGGUCUACGAGGCCUGACGCGCUCCACGCAGUACCAUGCAAAUGUCUGUCGACUCUUGAACCACAUGGUGAGUGAUGUGCUUCCACUGCACGAGUGGACCAGCCUGACCUUGACCUUGGACGACAUGUGUGAGCCGUAUGUGGACAGGGGCAACCGUGAAGGCCGCAGCCUGCUCGUGGGACUUUCCAACCAUGAUCAAGGUGGGAUCUGGAUCGCCAGUCAGGAUGGCGGCGGCUUUGCGGAGGUGGGGGACACCAUCUAUGCUGGGGAUGUCUUCCAGACGAGUGCCAAGGCGGUCACCUUUGACGCCAAGCGCUGCCUACAUUCUACAUGUAACUGGACCGGAGGCAACCGCAUUGUGAUGAUCGCUUACUGUGUAGCGCACUUUGCAGCCCUCCCUGCGAACCUUAGGUCCUUAGGUAAACGCCUUCGUGCUUUGGGGUUUGCCACAUGGCCACAGCUGGCGGCAGAGGCGACGGAGCGACUCGGUUCCAACCUCUCUCUAGCGCGCCUGGGAACGAGGGCCUUCGUCUGUGCAGCACACCGGGAUGCAUUUUCCGGUAUCCCUCGCACCAUCGGCACUGCUGUGCUGGAUGUCGACAAAGAGCGGGCCACACCAGUCGCUGCACUAGACUGCAGAGAGCCCAGCGCCUAG